AGGGAUUUCGUAAGAGAAGGGUCUAGAACUAACUAGUGGAGAUUUGAGAAUAAAAAUAUUGUGGAAGCACGUCAACGGGAACCGAUAGACAUAGAGAGAGAGAAUUGAGAAUCAGAAAUCUGAAUGGCGAGGGAACUCGAGAACAAAGCGAAAGAAGCAUUCUUUGACGACGACUUCGCUGUUGCCGUUGAUCUCUACUCUCAAGCCAUCCACUUGGAUCCCAACAACGCCGAUCUCUUCGCCGAUAGGGCCCAAGCCCAUAUCAAGCUCAACGCUUUCACUGAAGCGGUUUCUGAUGCAAACAAAGCUAUUCAAUUGAACCCGUCAUUGUCAAAGGCCUAUCUUCGUAAAGGGACCGCUUGUAUUAAGCUUGAAGAAUAUCACACUGCCAAGGUAGCACUACAAAAUGGUGCCUCUCUUGCACAAGAUGAUUCAAGGUUCACCAAGUUGAUUCAAGAAUGUGAUCGCUAUAUUGCAGAGGAAUCAAAUGGUCUUAAUAGCACCUUAUCAUCACGUGAGCCACCAACAUCUGUACAGUCCGGUGACGGUUCCCAAUUGAGUAAUACAAGUAAUGGGGCAACUAGCAAAGCUGAAAGAGACAGUUCUGUAUCCGAAAUCAAUGAAAUUGCACCAGUAACACCAAAAUACAGACAUGAAUACUACCAGAAGCCAGAAGAAGUGGUUGUGACAAUCUUUGCUAAAGGAAUACCGGCAAAGAAUGUGGUCGUUGACUUUGGUGAACAAAUACUGAGUGUUACUAUUGAUGUUCCUGGCCAAGAUGCCUAUAAUUUUCAACCUCGAUUGUUUGGAAAGAUAAUACCUGAUAAGUGCAGAGUUGUGGUCUUGUCAACCAAAGUUGAAAUCCAUCUUGCAAAAGCUGAAGCUAUUAGUUGGACAUCUCUGGAAUAUAACAAGGAUACGCUUCCCCAAAAAAUAAAUAUGCCAAUAAUUCAAUCUGAAAGGCCUGCAUAUCCAUCAUCAAAGCCAAGGACAAGAGAUUGGGAUAAGUUGGAAGCUCUAGUGAAAAAAGAGGAGAAAGAAGAAAAACUAGAUGGUGAUGCUGCUUUGAAUAAACUAUUUCGUGAUAUUUACCAAAAUGCAGAUGAGGACAUGAGGAGAGCAAUGAGCAAGUCUUUUUUGGAGUCAAAUGGAACAGUGCUGUCAACUGAUUGGAAAGAAGUAGGAUCAAAGAAGGUAGAAGGCAGUCCACCAGAAGGUAUGGAGUUGAAGAAAUGGGAGUAUUGAUCUAGUACCCAAAUAGUCAUAUGAGCUGAUGCUUCUUGUGAGAGUACAAAUUCAUUUAGCGUUUGGUAUUUCCAUUGCCAUUUGUCUCCUCCUAACCCAUGGGAAAGAAAUUCUGUAAUAUCUAUUACUUGUUAUUAAUACUCUGUUUGUUUAAGAUAGAUUACUUUGCGGGAGAAUGACUUAAAUUUGCAUUUGCUGUGGAAGUGGAUUUUAUUUCGUUGGUAUAUUUUGAUAUAAUUAAUGGUAAACUUAUGACGAA